CUGGUGGACAUUUCCCAUUCUCGGACCCCAGAAGCUAAGGGUUGCUUGCACAGCCGCCAUGAAUUACAUCAAUCUGCCCACCGUGCUGCCCGUCUCCCCCAGCAAGACCCGGGGGCAGAUCCAGGUGAUCCUCGGGCCCAUGUUCUCAGGAAAAAGCACGGAGCUGAUGAGACGCGUCCGGCGCUUCCAGAUCGCCCAGAAUAAAUGCCUGGUCAUCAAGUAUGCCAAAGACACACGCUACAGCAGCAGCUUCUGUACGCAUGACCGGAACACCAUGGAUGCACUGCCGGCCUGCCUGCUCCGGGAUGUGGCCCAGGAGGCCCUGGGCGUGGCUGUCAUUGGCAUCGACGAAGGGCAGUUUUUCCCUGACAUCGUGGAAUUCUGUGAACUGAUGGCCAAUGCAGGCAAGACAGUGAUUGUGGCAGCACUAGAUGGAACCUUCCAGAGAAAGGCUUUCGGCAGCAUCUUGAACCUAGUGCCCCUGGCCGAGAGCGUGGUGAAGCUGACUGCUGUGUGUAUGGAGUGCUUCCGGGAAGCUGCCUACACCAAGAGGCUGGGCACGGAGAAGGAGGUGGAGGUGAUAGGCGGCGCAGACAAGUACCACUCCGUGUGCCGCCUGUGCUACUUUAAGAAGUCCCCUGUGAAGCCGGCCCCCGGACCAGACAACAAAGAGAACUUCCCUGUGCUGGGACAGCCUGGAGAGGCCUCAGCUGUCAGGAAGCUCUUUGCCCCUCACCAAGUCCUACAGCACAACUCUGCCAACUGAGAGGACCUGGGGCUGGAACUGCCUCACAAUAGAUACUGCCCUGGACAGGCUCAGCUGCUAUCGCAGCCUCUUUUACUUCCCUCUGGGUUGCUGAGGUGCUUCAGCUCAGCGGGGAGACAGCACGCCUGCUGGGUCCUUAGGGCUUGACAUUCAGCCAGAGGUGAAGACGGAGCCACAUGGUUGUUGUGACAUUGGUGGUGCUGGCUUCUUCCUCCUUGGUGGCUUUCACUGCUGAGUUUCAGUCUCGCGGAGCCCCGCCCCUUACCAAGGCUCCAGCCCUCCCUUUGUGCUCCCACAAUGGCCCCCAGAGCCAGUAUACAGUGGCAUUGGUCUUGCCCUGCUCAGAGCCCCAGCCCCAUGACUCAGGGCUCUUAGAGCUGUGCUUCUUAUGCUAUAGUGUAAAAUAAUUAUUAAAGUUUGCUACUUGAGAGCUUAUUU